AUGGAGUGGCAGAAUCUGGCGUUAGAGGCCAUGACGUAUGCUCGAUCCGAAGAUGUGGAGUCCGAAGUCCCGCUUAAGCCCGCGGUGGAACGAUCCGAGUACAAAACUCCGCAUCAACCAGGCGCGUCGGAUCUGGACCUCACCUGGGACUUAGAUCAAGAUUGUGAUGAAUGUGUAUACUACCAUGAACGAAGUGAUCUGUACGCGGAAGGUGUCGACGGUCAGAUAGCGGUACUGCCAGAAGUGCCCGUGACGACGGAAGAUAUGAAGAUCGACGACAUUCAGCUAUGUGAAUCUGGUAAUCAGACCCCAGAAGAAAUGGAUCGACUUCGAUAA